AACUUCCACUCACUGAGUCACUGCAUUCUUCCAUUAUAAAUUACUGUUGAGUUUUGAGUUUUGAUCGUAGUCUUCUCCUCCAUUGACUUCCCUUUGACCCACUGCUCGAGGAAUCUUAACAAAGAUGGCAGAGCUUGAAGUGAAAAUGGUGGUGGGUUCUGAUGGUGUUGCUGUGAUCACCAUCUCCAAUCCACCUGUCAAUGCCUUUGCCGUCUCAAUUAUUGCUUGGUUGAAGGAGAAAAUUGAACAAGCUAUGAGCAGAGAUGAUGUAAAAGCUAUCGUUUUGACUGGCAAGAAUAGGAAGUUUUCUGGUGGAUUUGACAUCAAUGUGUUCAGAAAAGUUCAACAAACUGGAAAGUUAUCUCUUCUACCUGAUUUAUCCGUUGACCUUGUGGUCAACAGAAUAGAAGAUGCAAAGAAACCUAUAGUUGUUGCCAUUGAAGGACUUGCACUUGGGGCAGGGUUAGAAGUUGCCAUGGGAUGCCAUGCACGAAUUGCAACUCCAAAUGCCCAACUUGGUUUACCCGAAUUGUCUCUAGGAAUUAUCCCAGGGGCUGGAGGUACCCAACGACUUCCUAGACUUUUGGGGUUGCCAAAGGCACUUGAUAUGAUGUUGACAUCUAAAUCAAUAGUCUCUCAAGAAGGGCAUAAGCUAGGGCUCAUUGAUGCUAUUGUGUCACCUCAAGAGUUGCUUAAAGUCUCAAGGCAAUGGGCAUUAGACAUUGCAAACAACCUUAAACCGUGGGCCCGCUCCCUUCACCUUGUAGACAAAAUCGGUUCCUUAUCUGAAGCACAUAAGAUACUUACAAUUGCAAGAGAACAAGCCAAAAUAACAUGGCCUAAUAUGCCUCAACACAUAGCAUGUAUUGAUGUAAUUAUGGAAGGUAUUAUUCAUGGAGGAUAUCAUGGUGUUUUGAAGGAGGCCAAAGUCUUCAACAAGCUUGUUGUUUCAGACACAUCAAAAGGUCUUGUUCAUGUGUUCUUUGCACAACGUGCAACCUCAAAGGUGCCUAAUGUUACUGAUAUUGGGCUCAAGCCAAGAGCUGUGAAGAAAGUUGCUAUCAUAGGUGGAGGUUUAAUGGGCUCUGGAAUAGCUACAGCUUUUAUUAUUAAUAAUAUUUAUGUUAUUCUCAAAGAAGUCAACCCCGAGUUUCUUCUAAAAGGGAUAAAAAUGAUAGAAGCAAAUGUCCGAGUUUUGGUUGCAAAGAAAAAGUUGACUCAGUCAAAAGCUGACAAAGCCUUGUUGAUGAUUAAAGGGGUAAUGGACUACUCAGAUUUCAAGGAUGUGGAUAUGGUGAUAGAGGCAGUUAUUGAGAAUGUUGAAUUAAAGAAAAAAAUAUUUAAUGAAAUUGAGAAAAUAUGUCCACCUCAUUGCAUUUUAGCAACCAACACAUCUACCAUUGACCUCAAUUUAAUUGGUCAAACACUUACAUGUCAAGAUCGAAUUGUGGGUGCACAUUUCUUCAGUCCUGCACAUGUAAUGCCACUACUGGAGAUCAUUCAAACAGAAAAGACUUCUCCCCAAGUGAUUCUUGAUCUUAUGACAAUUUCAAAAAUUAUAAAAAAAGUUCCUGUUGUUGUUUCAAAUUGUACUGGUUUUGCUGUUAAUCGAACCUUUUUUCCAUACAAACAAAGUGCACACAUUUUGCUUCUUUUAGGAGUAGAUUUAUUUAGAAUCGACAGAUUGAUCAAGAAUUUUGGGCUUCCAAUGGGGCCAUUCCAGCUUGAAGACUUGACAGGAUAUGAUUUAGCAGUUGCUGUAGCUAAAGAAUUCGCCACUGCUUUUCCUGAUCGAACUUUCAUCUCUCCUGUAGUUGACCUUCUUAUCAAAAAUGGGCGAAAUGGUAAAAACAAUGGAAAAGGGUAUUAUGUGUAUGAAAAAGGUAGUAAACCAAAACCUGAUAAUAUGGUGUUACCAGUUAUAGAAGAGUCAAGAAGGGUAGCCAAUCUUAAGCCACAAGGAAAGACUGUAGCCAUGACUGAUGAAGAAAUAGUAGAGAUGGUGCUGUUUCCUGUGGUGAAUGAAGCAUGUCGUGUUUUAGAGGAAAAAAUUGUUGUGAAAGCAUCCGAUCUUGACAUUGCAUCUGUUCUUGGGAUGAGUUUUCCUUCAUAUCGUGGUGGCAUUGUUUUUUGGGCAGAUGUUGUUGGGAGUAAACACAUAUAUACAAGUCUGAAAAAAUGGUCUGAAAAAUAUGGCAACUUUUAUAAACCAUCAAGAUUCUUGGAAGAAAGAGCCAUGAAUGGUGUCCCAUUGAGUGCACCUAUAAAUACGGGUUCUAGAGCACGUAUGUAAGCAAGGGUAUACAACCAUAUGUUCAUGGAUUGAGUUAUAUGAAGCUAAGUAUGGCAUGAAAGUGGUCUUUUUUUCAACACCUUAAUAACAAAAUGGUUGUUUGUUGGCAUCGAUUUUGUUGAAGAUUGAUAUAAAGACAGAGAUGGAAAGUUGGGUUAGUGUUAUAUGAUGUGGAGUAUAUUAAUUUUGAAUAAGGGUUAAAUAGGUUUAGAUAAUAAAGGUUGUGUUUAGUGUAUUUUGAGGCAACAAGAAUAAAAACCAAUUAAAGUUGC